GAUAGCUCUCAAUUCGGAAGUAUAUUUGAUUAUUUUGGAGCACAAUUACUGCCGCACAUCACGAAGUUCGGCGAGGGAUACGGAGAUCGGGGAGUACUGUUCAAGGACCGCAUGGUGCCAGCUCGGUCCUCUCAAAGAUGCCAGGUCAUUUGGCGUGCCUAGUGGUCCUGGUCUUUUUAAUCAUAAUCUUCCUGGUGGUUGGCGGCUACUACACCUUCAUGCAUCCGAAACAGAUUCAUCUAGAAAGCUGUUAUUUGAAUGGCGGGUCCUGUCGAGAGUUGUGGAACUGCGAGGACAGGUUCCACAGUCGCGUGCUCACCACGUGCUUCAACAAGCGGAAGAUCUGCUGCAUGCCCUCGAUCCAGAUGAAGAGUCUCCAGGAUGCCGAGGACUACAUCGAGUGAGGGUUAUUCGGAUCGGAUUCAUCUGAGCUCGAGAGCAGGUCCAACUGCUUGGGGGACAUACGAUUUUUAUUGCAAGCCUUGUCUUUCCUUGAAUGUAUCAUUUCGUAGGCAAUUUUUAUUGUUGGAAUAAUCACUUGAAAUUAUUAUUCCGGACCGGUGUGUCUAAAUUUCUAGUUAUGUCCUGGUGUAUCUUCCAAAUUAGAUAGUGUUACUUCCUUAUUGAA